CAGCAGCAGCAGCAGCAGCAGAUUCGAAAGUGCUGCCGCGGCUCUGUGGACUGCGGAAGUCUUGCGUGGGCCGAUUCCUAAAAAAGGCCUAUACCCUGUGCCUGCAGCAGCAGCAGAAGCAGCAACAGCAGCAGCAGCAGCAAGAGCCACAACAGCAAUUGAAGCAGAAGGAUGGGCCGCAGCAAGAUGGGCAGCAGCAGCAGCUGGACGAGCAGCAGCAGCUGCUGCAGCAGCAGCUGCAGCAGCAGCACCUCGCCAUACGACGCGUGCUGCUGCUGCUCUGUCAAGAGAGACCCGCAGUGCUCUCGCGGCUGCUUCUGGCUGCGCCGCAGCAGCAGCAACUUGCUAUCCUUGAGGUUGCAUGCAAAGAGCAGCAGCUAUUUCGUGCUGCAGCGCUGCUGCUGCCGCUGCUGCUGCGAUCAGUUUCUUUGCUGCACCCCCCCUGCCGCUACAGACGCGCUGCUGCUGCUGCUGCUGCUGACACUCCUGCUGCGGCAGCUGCUGCUGCUGCUCUGCGCCCCCCGCAGUUCCAGGAGCAAAUUGAAGAGCUGCUGCAGGCAGCAGCAACGGCUGCCCUCCCAGCAGCAGCAGCAGCAGCAGCUCCGGCGAAAGCAAGAGCAGCAGCAGCAAGAAGACGCAUGAGGCGGUGGCUGCUGCGGCAGCUGGUUUGGGCCCGAGCAGCAGAUUGUGUAGAAGCUGCAGCGCAGCAGCAAGAGACGCAGCACCUGCGGCCGCUGCUGCUGCAGGCGCUGCUGGCUGAGGUUUGUCUUACACAGCGCAUUGUUGCUACGCAGCAAGCAGCAGCAGCAGCAGCAGCAGCAGGCGCUGCCGCAACAGGAGAGCAGCACUCGGAGGCCCGCUGCGGGAGGCGCAGGCCAGGCAGACGAGCAGCAGCAGCAGCUGCUGCUGCUGCAGUAGCAGCAGGACCUGAAGAAGCAGCGGCAGCAGCAGCAGCAGCAGCGGCAAGACAGCCUGCGUUAUUGCAGCAGCUAACCGAGGAGGGUGCUGCCCCUGCAGUUGUUUUGCGUGUGGCUGUCGUGGCGCUGCUGCGCUCCUCUAGCAGCCGCAACCGCAGCAGCGGCAGCAGCAGCAGCGGCAGCAGCAGCAGCAGCAGCAGCAGCUCUUUAGUGGACUUUGCUGACGACUUUUGGCGCAGCAUUUCUUUCGCGCUGAGACAGGAAGCAAGACAGAUGGCAGCAGCGUGCAUAGGCGUGAACCCGUUGACUGCUGCUGCUGCUGCUCCUGCUGCUGCUGCUGCUGCUGCUCUUCCCACAGCAGCAGCAGCAGCACGUGCAGCUGAGCGAGAAGGCCCUGUAGCAGUCCUGCGGGAAGCUGCUGCAGCCUCUGAAGAUGAAGAGAAAGCAGCAGCAAAAAAGGCAGCAACACCAACAGCAGCAGCAGCAGCAGCAGCAGCAGGAACAGCAGCAGCAGCAGCAGGAGCAGCAGCAGGAGCAGCAGCAGCAGCAGAAGACCCUGCUGCUGCUGCGGACGAUGACGCCGCGUACCGCCGACGGGUCUUGCUUCUGGAAGAGACAAUUCCGAAACACUUCUACUUCGAAGCAGCAGCAACAAAAGAGCUGCUGCUGCUGCCGCUGCUGCCUAGCUGGUGGCAGCAGCACCUGGGGGCUCUCUGUGGGGCCCCCUUGACUCGUGUCUUUAAGCUCUUUCCCCUAAAUCCAAGCAGCAGCAGCAGCAGCAACAGCAGCAGCAGGAAGAGCAGCAGCAGCAGCAGCAGCAGCAAGAGUCGCAGCCAAGGGUAUGCGCUGCCAGGGAAGAGAAGUGCAGCGCGAAGGCAGCACGCGUUAGGUGUUGCUGCUGCUGCUGCAGCAGAAGAAACACCAGCAGCAACAGGAGCAGCAGCAGCAGCUCGUGUGCCGAGAGAGCUACUGCUGUCAGAAGCAGCAGCAACAGCAGCAACCACAGCAAUCAGCAACAGCGAGCUGCUGCGGCUGCUGCAACUUCUUCAGCUGCUGCAGAAACCGUCCCCAGCACAGCGGCAGCAGCAGCAGCAGCAGCAGCAGCUAGAGGCAGCAGAGGAGGUGGAUGCAGCACGGGAUCUGAGCCACAGCAGCGUAGACGCUGUAGCUGAGGGCGGGGCCACUGCAGCAGCAGCAGAAGCAGCAGCAGAAGCAGCAACAGAAACAGCAGCAGCAUCAGCAGCAGCAGCAGCAGUAGCAGGCAGCAGCUGGGAUGCUGCUGCUGCUCGCAGCAGCAUUUUGGACGUGCUGACUUGGAGAAGCCGCUCUCUUACAGAAGACGAGACGCGAAAAGCUGCUGUUGCUGUUGCUGCUGCUGCUGCUGCUGCUCCUGCUGUCUGCGUCUGCCUAGCUCAUCAUAUAACAUCUCGCGCUGUGUACUUUUGCCUUCCAAGAGCAGCAGCAUUGGCACAGCAAACGGCAGCAGCAGAAGCAGCAGCAGCAGCGCAAGCAGCAGCAGCAGCAGACACAGCAGCGGCAGCAGAAGCAGCAGGAGCAAAGGCAGAAGCAGCAGCAAAAGCAGCAAAAGCAGCGCGAUCAGCCGACCGCGCUGCGUGGAUCCUUGCAGCAACGAAGGAAGCCUGGGGAGGGGCUGCUGCUGCUGCUGCUGUUGCAGCUGCAGCAAGAGAAGCUGCUGGUGACAGCGGAUCGCAGCUGCUGCAGCUGCUUCAGCUGCUGCACUCGCUGCUGCUGCUAGAGACGCGCCUAGACUGCUACACGCAGCGGCUGGUGGAUCUGAUUGCUGUGGCUGUCGCCUCUGCUGCUGCUACGCAGCCCCCAGCAGCAGCAGCAGCAGCAGCAACUGCAGCAGCAGCAGCAGCGGCAGACUCCGCCGUGUCUGCACUAGAUUUGCUGCCAGAUGCCCUUCUCACUUCUCUUAUUCAGGCCUUGGGGAGGCAGCAAGCAAAGGCCUCAGACCCGCGGCUGCAGCAGGACCUCCUGGAG